UGGCGAUGCAGUUGGAAAGCGUUGAACUCUGCUUUCCACAACUCCCUAACUCUUCCUGCAAGAAGCCGGUGCCUCCUUCUUUUGGCACUGUGCUUAUUUACUUAAUUAUGUCCGUCAUCUCUCUGCUCACUGUGGCUCUCAACCUGCUGGUCAUCAUCUCCAUCUCACACUUCAGGCACAUAACCUUCACAGCAUAUGAUAAACAUGUUGCUAUACUGUCUUUAGAUUUGUAGGAAGAAGUGGUUUCCUGAGAUCAUUCCAUCAUUCUUGAUCAUUACUGCUUUUUGCUUGACUGUUAUUGAUCACAUUUGCUGAUUGUCUGAACAAUGUUGAUAUUCUCUCACUGCAGACAGCUCCACACACCCACCAACCUCCUCCUCCUCUCUCUGGCUGUCUCAGAUUUUCUUGUCGGCAUCUUCGUGCAGCCAGUUGAAAUCCUGGUGAAACAGACCUGCUGGAUGCUGGGUGACCUCAUGUGUUCACUGUAUUAUGUUCUACCUUUAAUCAUACUCUCUGCCUCCGUGGGAAAUAUGGUGCUCAUAUCCAUCGACCGUUACGUGGCCAUUUGUGAUCCCCUGCAUUACUCCAUCAAAGUCACUAAUAAAGCUGUAAUAAUAUGUGUUUUACUCUGUUGGAUUUGUUCUUUUUUCUUUGCCCUUAUUCUUCUAUUUGAUAACCUGAAACCCCCGGGCAAAUAUAAAUCCUGCUAUGGUGAAUGCGUGGUCAAGAUUGUAGUAAUUGUUGAAGUUGCUGUCAGCUUCAUUAUUCCCAUUACUGUCAUCAUUGUUCUAAAUAUGAAAGUAUUUGUGGUGUCUGUGUCUCAGGCUCGAGGAAUGAGGUCCCACAUUGCAAGUGUCUCACUCAAGCUUUCCAAGACUCUGACGGAUAAGAAAUCGGAGAGAAAAGCAGCCAGGACUCUUGGUGUUCUUAUACUUGUGUUUCUGAUAUGUUACUCUCCAUUUUACUGCAGCGCUCUCACACACUACAGUGGCUUGACCACUUCUUCAAAUGAGGCCACCCUGAUUUCUGUGAUGUAUUUUAACUCGUGUGUAAACCCCAUCAUUUAUGCCCUUUUCUACCCCUGGUUUAAAAAAACUAUUAGAUUUAUUUUCUCAUCUCAGAUGCUGCAGCCUGGCUCCCGAGAUGCCAGCAUACGGUAGAAAGACUGUGGAAUGAGUGCAAAGGCUGCCGUCCUCACGUUGUGUUUGUGUGUGUCAAUAUAUGAA